UUUACUGUGUUACCUCCUUCCUUCCAUCUCCUGUGAUCUCCUUUUGUUCAUGUCACAAGAAGCAGCGUGUUCUGUUCUUCUUCCUUUGUUGCGGGUGGUUCUAUGUUGGUGUAAAGGAAGGACUAUGGUUUCUUCUCUACUACCUGACAUCAGAUUUUGCUGUCUUUCUUGAAUAGAAGAAAUCUUCGAUCAUUCAAUGGCCCCUCCUUGUUUCGUUAGGCUCACAAGAAUGGCCAUUGCACUCUUCCUCCUCUCCAUCUAUCUCAGUUGUCACACUAGUUUUUCGCCUUCGACAUCGUUUACUUUGUUAGCAUCGAUUCUAUAUACGUCUCCAUUUUUCAUUACUAGGAUCAAACGGCUUUGUAAGUUCAACACAAUGGAGAAGCCACCGGAAAGUGAGCUCGGUUCAGAGAUUAUGCCACCGACCGAGACACUGGAAGUGAAAAGAAUCAUCCCAGAAGAGGGAGGCAAUUACGACGUCGACGGACUGCUCCUCGGAUCGACAAACCCAUCGACGGGAUCUGCAGGCCUCGAGGUAGAGGAAGAAGAUGACGAGCAAUCCGUCGACUCUUUAGUCUCAAGUCCACCAUGCAAUUCACUUGGAACCGAAUCGGAAUCGCCAAACCAUUGCUUUCGAUCAAAGGAGAGCUCAGAAUGUUCGAUGUCAGAUGAUGAAGGCCUCAUUGAGAUCGCGCUAUCGGAUGGUCAUUGUGUUGCACCAAGAGAGUCAGAUGGACUCUUCAUCCCAUCACAGCCGGAGAUGAAGAGAGGGUUGUUGCCGGAGACCGCGUUCAGGCAACAUGGAAUUAUGGAGCUCUUGUCAGAAAUUUACGAGGAGGAUAACCUGAUCGAGAUCGACAUCGCCAGGGGCUCCAUCAAGUGCUCAAGAUUGGAAAUAGAGGCGUGAGCAAGGGACUAAAAGCCUUCAGAGUUAACAAGAAAUAUGCUUAUCAGUAUAAUGUUCAAUCAUAGAAGGAUAAGGGAUACAGAUUAGAUACUCAAUUCUGAACCAUCUCAAGCAACAACCAUUUGGUAACUGGAUAUGUGUCUUGA